CCGGCGCGAACGCAGAGCUGGAAAUGCUGAGACCGACAGCUGGUUUAUUUUUGGGUCAGUGACAGUGUGUCAAUGGCCGCAGAUGCGUCGGAAAGGAAGGCUCUGAGAUACCAACAGACCCUGCUGUAUGGGGAAUACCGUGAACACCCGGGUGGGUCUGGCCGGAGAGAGGCCACCCGACUUCUAACAGAGAGACAAUGGAAGAAACACCACCACCAUCACCAUCACCAUGGCCACCAUCCACAGCAUCACCGUGGCCACCAUCACCACGGGCACCACCAUGGCCACCACCAUGGUCACACACAUGGACACGGGCACCACAGCAGGCACAGGGGUCGGCAUCACUCAGACGAGGUGGGACAUGCACAAAUGGCUACAGAGCAAGGCAACCCUUUGUCUAUAAAGAAACGUCGCUCCUACUCAAAGUGCAGAGACUGUGUAGCACGGGUACAGAGGUUCCUGGUCACCAAGCUGGGAGAGGACUGGAUCUUUCUGGUGCUGCUGGGCAUCUCAAUGGCACUGGUCAGCUGGACCAUGGACUACACCAGUGCCAAAAGUCUACAAUUGUAUAAGUGGAUUCACUGGGAGCUGAGGGGUAAUGUCCUGCUCCAGUACCUGGCUUGGGUCAGCUAUCCCAUGGCGCUCAUCAUGUUCGCCUCCUUCUUCUGCCACCUGGUCGCCCCACAAGCCAUCGGCUCUGGUAUUCCUGAGCUGAAGACCAUUCUCAGAGGGGUAGUGUUGAAGGAGUAUCUGACUGUCAGGGCUUUUACUGCCAAGGUCAUUGGUCUGACUGCAGGUCUGGGCAGUGGGAUGCCAGUAGGGAAAGAGGGCCCGUUUGUUCACAUCGCCAGCAUCUGUGCUGCUGUGCUGAGCAAGUGUAUGAUGUUCUUCUCGGGAGUCCAUCAGAGCCCAUACUGCUACACAGACAUCCUUACAGUUGGCUGUGCGGUUGGGGUGGGUUGCUGUUUCGGUACCCCUCUUGGAGGGGUGCUGUUCAGUAUCGAGGUGACGUCCACUUACUUUGCUGUGAGGAACUACUGGAGAGGCUAUUUUGCCGCCACCUUCAGUGCCUUCAUAUUCAGAGUGCUCUCUGUGUUCAACAAAGAUGCAGUCACCAUCACUGCUCUCUUCCGCACCAAGUUCCGCAUGGACUUCCCCUUUGACCUCCAGGAGCUGCCUGCAUUUGCCAUCAUCGGGAUCUCCUGCGGCUUCCUGGGGGCCUUCUUCGUCUGGCUGAACCGCCAGGUGGUGCUGUUCAUGAGGAAACCCAACGCCAUGACACGCUUCCUCACCAGACACCGACUGAUUUUCCCCGGUGUUGUGACCUUAGUGAUAGCCAGCUUGACCUUUCCCCCUGGAUUUGGACAGUUCAUGGCUGGAGAGCUAAUGCCCAGAGAAUGCAUCAACUCCCUGUUCGACAACUUCACCUGGACCAAAAUAUGGGGCUCCCCCCCUUCCCCCGGCCUGGGGCGCUCCUCUGCCUGGCUGCACCCCGACGUCAGCGUCUUUGUCAUCCUCCUGCUCUUCUUCGUCAUGAAGUUUUGGAUGUCUGCUGUUUCGACGACGAUGCCCAUCCCUUCUGGAGCCUUCAUGCCUGUCUUCAUACUCGGAGCCUCUUUUGGCCGGCUCGUGGGGGAGAUCAUGGCUGCCCUCUUCCCCGAUGGGAUUCUGUUUGAUGGAAUCUUGUACCGCAUCAUCCCAGGAGGGUACGCAGUCAUUGGAGCGGCGGCACUGACCGGGGCGGUGACCCACACGGUGUCCACGGCGGUUAUCUGCUUUGAGCUGACGGGCCAGAUCUCCCACAUCCUGCCCAUGAUGGUGGCCGUUAUUCUGGCUAACAUGGUGGCCCAGGGCCUACAGCCCUCGCUCUACGACUCCAUCAUCCAGAUCAAGAAACUGCCUUACCUCCCUGAGCUGGGCUUUGGACACAUCAGCCAGUAUAACAUCUUUGUGGAGGACAUCAUGGUUAGGAAAGUGAAGUUUCUCUCAUUACAGUCCACCUACAGGGAGUUGAUACACCUCCUGGAUUCCACUUCUCUCAAAACGAUACCACUAGUGGAUUCAACAGACUCUAUGAUCCUUUUGGGCUCCAUCGAGCGGUCAGAGCUCCACGCUCUCUGUGAUUGGUGGCUCUCUGCAGAGAGGCGGAUCCUCAGGCAGGAACAGCGUUUGCAGGAACAGAACCAGUAUGCCAAAGAGAGCUGGGAAUCCUUUGCCUUUGUGGAUGAAGAUGACGAGGAGAGUGGAGAUAAGAGUACCCCAGUUCAGGAAGAGAGCAAUGGCCCCCUGCCAUCUCCUAAACCACAGGAGCCCUUGUCCAAUCACACAGCUCCUGAAAAGGGCCAUCUUCAGUCUGUUAGGAGAACUCUACGGAAUAUCUUCACCUCUCGAGACAGACAGGCAGAGGGACAGUCACAGGAGCCUUGCGCCAACCCUCUCCUGUCCGAUACGAUGACACCAGAAGAGAUCAAAGAAUGGGAGGAGGCUGAGAUGGACAAGCCAAUGGAAAUUGAUCAGAUCCGAAUAGAUCCCUCCCCUUUCCAGCUAGUGGAGAGGACAUCAUUACACAAGACCCACACUCUCUUCUCAUUACUGGGCCUGAGUCAUGCCUAUGUCACCAGUAUCGGAAAACUGGUGGGUGUUGUUGCACUUAAAGAGCUGCAAAAGGCCAUCGAGGGCUCCACCCGUAGCGGGGUCCGGCUACGUCCCCCUCUGGCCAGCUUCAGCAACACCAGCCGAAAGUCAUCCAAACCCCAGGCAACCUCCGCUGCCUCCUCCCCGACCACCCCCUCUUCCCCUCUCUCCCAAGCUCCCAUCUUCCCCCAUGCCACUGCCCCGCCACCUCCCCCGACACAGGAGGAGAUGGAGGUGUGGAUCGAGGGCACGAGGCGGGAGGUGGCGGAGGUGAACAGCAGCAGUAGUAGUAGCAGCAGCGGAACGGGGAGCAGCAGUAGCCCCUCACUACCCCACUCCUUGCCCCUCUCCAUCCCCCUCACCUCGCCCCUCUCCAUGCCCCUCACCGUUGCUCUCUCCAUCCCCCUCGCCGCCUUCUCCUCUCCCCUCACCGCCCUCCGGCCUGUCGCAAAGCAGCAAGUGGAGGAGGAGAGUGAAGAUGAGCAGCCCAUCUAGCCUUACAGACGAGUGAUGUUUUUUUAUAACGUUUUUUUUUUAUCCCUCCAUCUUCUCUCUCUCCCUAUUGCCCUUUCCCUCUUUCGCUCUCUCGCUGUUCCUUCUCGCACCCUCUUUAUUCACUCGAUGAAUGAUGUCUGUGAAUCCACGAGGAGGAAUAAUCUGGGCUCGAUAGUAGUACUUGACCUUUUAAGAUUAGAAUUGAUGCCAUUGGUUUUUAAACAGAAGACAAUGGCUACCAGUGGUGCUCCAAGAGCUAAAAAAUCAACAAGGCCCCAAAACGACCUUUACUAAACCCAUCCUCACCUUGGGAGGGAGUUUUAUGAUCACCAUGCUGGGUUGAUAGAUGACAGUGUUAAAUCAGACUGACGACAGCCAACUCAGAUGUAAUGAUGCUAGAGGUUUUUUACUUAAUGAUGCCAUGACUCCAGCUGAACAACCGCCAUCCCCCUCUAUAAUUUAGAUUAAUCGCUCACUUGAUGAUAAAGCAAAACAAACACAUACUGAUGACAUUAUUAUGAAACUUGGUGACUUUUACAUUGGUGACUUUUCCUACCUCCUCCAAAAAAGCUGGGUUGUGUUCAUUAGGCACCAGAUGGAGAUAAACGGACUGAAACAAGGGGGACUACCUCGACCUUGGCCAAUAAGAAAGGCUCAUUUUCAUUUUACACUGCGAAACAUUGUAAAACAUUACCCUUUGCAUGCCCUAAUGAACAAAACCCUAAUGUUCUUCUGGCACAAAUCAAAUCAUAUUUUAUUGGCCGCAUAGACAUAUUUAGCAGUUGGUAUUGCGGGUGUAGCAAAACGUGUGUUCAUAGCUCCAACAGUGCAGUAAUAUCUAACAAUUCACAGCAAUACACACAACAAAUCUAAAAGUAAAAGAAUGGAAUAAAGAAAUAUAUAAAU